UGUGAAGCUCAGAUGCCCACUCACCAGUACACGGCUCAAGUACCCCUACCUGCCAUGAGGGUCACUCCAGCCACCAUGACCUACUCAGCACCUGUGAUACAUACAAUUCCGCAAACUGAAGAACCUAUCUUUCAUUCAGGGAAUGUAGAGGCUUACGAGGAAGUAAGCGACCUACGAGAAAAGUAUGAUGAACUACGCCGAGACAUGAAAGCCCUCCGUGAAAAAGGGAAAUUUGGGAAGACUGCGUACGAUCUCUGUUUGGUACCGAGUGUGCAGGUACCUCACAAAUUCAAGAUUCCAGAUUUCGAGAAAUACAAAGGGAGUUCUUGUCCUGAGGAACAUCUAAAAAUGUAUGUGAGAAGGAUGCCUGCGUAUGCCCAAGAUGAUCAGAUUCUUAUUUACUAUUUCCAAGAAAGCUUGACUGGCCCUGCUUCAAAGUGGUACACUUACCUAGACAAAACAAGGGUUCAAACUUUCCGUGACCUUUGUGAAGCUUUUGUGGAACAGUACAGUUACAAUGUAGACAUGACUCCGGACCGAAGUGAUCUCCAAGCCAUGACUCAGGGAGAUAAAGAGACGUUCAAAGAGUACGCCCAACGGUGGAGAGACACCGCUGCCCAAGUCAGCCCACGAAUUGAGGAGAAAGAGAUGACCAAGCUCUUCCUAAAAACUUUGAAUCAUUUUUAUUACAAAAAGAUGGUCGGGAGUACACCAAAGAGCUUCGCGGAGAUGGUUGGUAUGGGAGUACAGUUAGAAGAAGGAGUCCGAGAAGGACGCUUAGUAAAGAAUGCAACUCCUGCCAGUGGGACCAAGAAGACCGGGAAUCAUUUCCCGAGGAAGAAAGAGCAAGAAGUCGAAUUACUUCCCGGCUUACUCAAGAAAAACCUUGUCCAAACUAGAACAGCUCCUCCUAUCCCAGAAAAACUACCAUCUUGGUAUAGACUUGACCAAACUUGUGACUUCCAUGAAGGGGGCCGUGGCCAUAACAUUGAAACUUGUUAUGCCUUUAAAAGCACAGUACAGAGGUUGAUCAAUGAUGGAAAAAUAACUUUCACAGACUCGGCGCCAAAUGUCCAAACAAAUCCAUUGCCGAAUCAUGGUGCCGCAACAGUCAACAUGAUCGAAGAUUGUCAAAAGACUCGUCCCAUUCUGAAUGUUCAACAUAUCAGAACACCCUUGGUCCCGUUACAUGCCAAGUUAUGCAAAGUCGACCUUUUUGAGCAUGAUCAUGAUCUCUGUGAAAUAUGCCUUAUGAACUCCGGAGGAUGUCAGAAAGUAAGAAAUGAUAUUCAAGGGCUUCUAGACCGAGGAGAGCUUGUGGUCGAAAGGAGGUGUGAUGACGUGUGUGUAAUAACUCCUGAAGGGCCUUUGGAGGUAUUUUAUGACAGUCGAAAGUCAAUUAUCACCCCUCUGGUGAUCAGCUUACCGGGUCCACUGCCAUAUGCUUCUGAAAAAGCCAUUCCAUACAAAUACAAUGCCACCAUGAUUGAAGAGGGUCGUGAGGUUCCAAUACCGCCUUUGUCUAGUGUGGAUAAUAUUGUUGAAGACAGUAGAGUUCUGAGAAAUGGGCGCGUUGUUCCCAUAGUGUUCCCAAAGAAGAUUGAUGCUACAAUAAACAAGGAGGUUCGGACUAAAGAUGCUGGUAUCGCCAAAGAAGUGGAUCAACCCAAUGGGGCUGGUACAAGUGCAGAGUUUGAUGAGAUUCUCAAGUUAAUAAAGAAGAGCGAGUACAAGGUUGUUGAUCAACUGAUGCAGACUCCAUCCAAAAUAUCCAUAAUGUCUUUAUUACUAAAUUCUGAGGCCCAUAAAGAUGCAUUAAUGAAGGUCUUAGAACAAGCUUUUGUGGAUUAUGAUGUAACGGUGGGUCAGUUUGGCGGAAUAGUAGGGAACAUCACCGCAUGCAACAACUUGAGUUUCAGUGAUGAAAAGCUCCCAGCAGAAGGAAGGAACCACAAUCGGGCGCUGCAUAUAUCUGUGAACUGUAAAACUGAUGCUUUGUCAAAUGUACUGGUGGAUACUGGAUCAUCUUUGAAUGUGUUGUCCAAAACAACUUAUACCCAACUCGCUUACCAAGGCGCACCUUUAAGACGAAGUGGGGUAAUGGUGAAAGCUUUUGAUGGCUCGAGGAAGGAUGUCCUUGGUGAGGUGGUUCUACCUAUCACAGUUGGGCCACAAGUUUUCCAAGUUAAUUUUCAAGUCAUGGACAUUCAAGCUUCGUAUAGUUGCCUACUGGGUCGACCCUGGAUUCACGAGGCAGGGGCUGUCACAUCCACGCUGCAUCAAAAGCUGAAGUUUGUGAAGAAUGGGAAGCUAGUAACUGUAAACGGUGAAGAGGCUUUAUUGGUGAGUCAUUUGUCAUCUUUCUCUUUCAUUGGGGCAGACGAUGUCGAAGGGACACCUUUUCAAGGGUUUACUAUAGAAGAUAAGAAUACCAAGAGGAAUGAAGCCUCUAUCUCGUCUCUGAAAGAUGCUCAGAAGGUCAUACAAGCAGGAGGGUCCACAAGCUGGGGAAAACUGAUAGAGCUUCCAGAAAACAAGCACCGAGAAGGUUUGGGUUUCUUCCCAUCUACUGGUUUGUCCACAGCAAAGAAGGGCACUUUCCACAGUUCAGGCUUUAUCCAUGCAAUCAUUAAAGAUGAUCUUGAAAGUGUGCCACGAAGUUUUAUAACGCCAGGAGUAUCCAGCCACAAUUGGGUUGCCGUAGAUGUUCCUUUUGUUGCUCACUUAUUAGAAAUCGACGAACCCGUUGAACAACAUAACCCUAUGAUCUCUCCCAACUUUGAGUUCCCUGUGUAUGAGGCGGAAGAAGAAGAGAAUGAAGAGAUCCCUGACGAAAUCUCUCGACUACUCGAACAAGAGAGGAAGACUAUUCAGCCUUAUGGGGACGAACUAGAAGUGAUUAACUUGGGCACCAAAGAAGACAAGAAAGAAAUCAAGGUUGGGACAUCGCUCGAAACAAGUGUUAAAAAGCAAGUGAUAGAGCUCCUCAAAGAGUAUGUUGAUGUGUUUGCCUGGUCCUACCAAGAUAUGCCGGGUCUAGACACUGAUAUUGUGGUACAUCACCUACCUUUAAAACCUGAGUGUCCGCCAGUCAAACAAAAGUUGAGAAGAACACGUCCUGACAUGGCUCUCAAAAUCAAAGAAGAGGUACAGAAACAGAUCGACGCUGGUUUCCUCAUUACAUCAAAUUACCCCCAAUGGUUAGCUAACAUAGUGCCUGUUCCAAAGAAAGAUGGUAAGGUCAGAAUGUGUGUUGACUACCGUGAUUUAAACAAAGCUAGCCCGAAAGACGACUUUCCUUUACCUCAUAUUGACGUGUUGGUUGACAGUACUGCAAAGUCUAAAGUCUUCUCAUUCAUGGAUGGAUUCUCCGGUUAUAAUCAAAUCAAGAUGGCACCCGAAGAUAGAGAGAAAACAUCAUUUAUUACACCUUGGGGCACUUUCUGUUACAAAGUAAUGCCGUUCGGUUUAAUCAAUGCCGGAGCUACUUAUCAGAGGGGUAUGACUACUCUUUUCCACGAUAUGAUACAUAAAGAGAUUGAAGUCUAUGUGGAUGAUAUGAUAGUCAAGUCAAUUACUGAAGAAGACCAUGUCAAGUAUCUACAGAAGAUGUUCCAGCGCCUGAGGAAGUACAAACUUCGUCUGAAUCCCAACAAAUGCACUUUUGGUGUUAGAUCCGGAAAGCUUCUAGGUUUCAUUGUCAGCCAGAAAGGCAUCGAAGUAGAUCCUGACAAAGUCAAAGCCAUCAGAGAGAUGCCUGCUCCGAGAACAGAAAAAGAAGUAAGGGGUUUUCUUGGACGACUAAAUUACAUCUCCCGGUUCAUUUCUCAUAUGACUGCAACUUGUGGGCCGAUAUUCAAACUACUCCGCAAAGAACAAGGUAUUGUGUGGACCGAAGAUUGCCAGAAGGCUUUUGACAGCAUAAAGAAGUACUUGCUAGAACCACCGAUUCUCAUCCCUCCAGUUGAAGGAAGACCUUUGAUCAUGUACCUAACAGUGCUAGAAAAUUCCAUGGGUUGUGUGCUCGGACAACAAGAUGAAACCGGAAGAAAAGAGCACGCCAUUUAUUAUUUAAGCAAGAAGUUUACUGAAUGUGAAUCUCGCUACUCCAUGCUCGAGAAGACAUGUUGUGCUCUAGCCUGGGCUGCCAAACGCCUCCGUCAUUAUAUGAUUAAUCACACUACUUGGCUGGUAUCUAAAAUGGAUCCAAUCAAGUACAUAUUUGAGAAGCCCGCUUUGACAGGAAGGAUUGCACGGUGGCAGAUGCUACUAUCUGAGUAUGAUAUCGAGUACCGUUCCCAGAAGGCAAUUAAAGGCAGUAUUCUUGCUGAUCACUUAGCUCACCAACCACUUGAAGACUAUCGACCUAUCAAGUUUGACUUUCCUGAUGAAGAGAUUAUGUAUCUAAAAAUGAAAGAUUGCGACGAGCCACUAUUCGGAGAAGGACCUGAUCCAGAUUCAGUGUGGGGUUUGAUAUUUGAUGGGGCUGUCAAUGUAUACGGCAACGGCAUAGGGGCAGUACUCCUUACUCCUAAGGGUGCUCACAUCCCUUUCACAGCAAGACUCCGGUUUGACUGCACGAACAACAUCGCUGAAUAUGAAGCCUGCAUUAUGGGUAUCGAAGAAGCCAUUGAUCUAAGAAUCAAAAACAUCGAAAUAUAUGGAGAUUCAGCUCUUGUAAUCAACCAGAUCAAGGGAAAAUGGGAAACUCUUCACGCAGGACUAAUACCUUAUCGAGACUAUGCAAGACGUUUAUUGACCUUCUUCAACAAAGUGGAAUUACAUCAUAUCCCUCGGGAUGAGAAUCAGAUGGCUGAUGCCUUGGCUACUUUGUCUUCAAUGAUCAAGGUGAAUCAUCACAAUGACGUGCCACUAAUCAGUGUCAAAUUCCUUGAUAGACCCGCUUAUGUGUUUGCCGCUGAAGCAGUUUUCGACGAUAAACCUUGGUUUCAUGAUAUUAAGGUGUUUCUCCAAACUCGAGAGUAUCCUCCCGGAGCAUCCAACAAAGAUAAGAAGACUCUCAGAAGAUUAUCUAGUAAUUUCUUCCUGAAUGGGGAUAUCUUGUACAAAAGAAACUUUGACACGGUCUUGCUCAGAUGUGUAGACAAAUAUGAAGCUGAUUUAUUGAUGCAUGAAAUACACGAAGGAUCCUUCGGAAUUCAUCCUAAUGGGCACACAAUGGCUAAAAAGAUAUUGCGAGCAGGCUACUACUGGAUGACAAUGGAAUCAGAUUGCUACAAGCAUACCAGAAAGUGUCACAAGUGUCAGAUAUACGCCGACAAGAUUCAUGUGCCGCCAACUACGCUCAAUUUACUUUCUUCUCCGUGGCCUUUCUCUAUGUGGGGCAUUGACAUGAUCGGAAGGAUUGAGCCUAAAGCUUCAAAUGGACACCGUUUCAUCUUAGUGGCUAUUGACUACUUCACUAAGUGGGUUGAGGCCGCAUCGUAUGCUAAUGUGACCAAGCAAGUGGUGGUCAAAUUUAUCAAGAAUCAUAUCAUUUGUCGUUAUGGCAUCCCCAACCGGAUCAUCACCGACAACGGAACAAAUCUAAACAACAAGAUGAUGAAAGAAUUAUGUGAUGAUUUCAAGAUCGAGCACCAUAACUCUUCACCUUACAGACCUCAAAUGAAUGGUGCCGUCGAAGCUGCAAAUAAGAAUCUAAAGAGGAUUGUCCAGAAGAUGGUGGUGACUUAUAAAGAUUGGCAUGAAAUGCUUCCCUUUGCAUUACAUGGAUAUCGUACUUCUGUACGCACAUCAACAGGGGCAACUCCCUUCUCCCUGGUAUAUGGCAUGGAGGCAGUACUUCCUGUAGAAGUCGAAAUUCCAUCAUUGAGAGUUCUAAUGGAGGCUGACUUAUCGGAAGCUGAAUGGGUUCAGAAUAGAUACGACCAGUUGAAUCUGAUUGAAGAAAAGCGCAUGACGGCCCUAUGUCACGGACAAUUAUAUCAAAAAAGGAUGAAACAGGCCUUUGACAAGAAAGUUCGUCCCCGUGAGUUUAAAGAAGGUGAUCUUGUGCUCAAAAAGAUUUUCUCUUUCCAACCAAACUCCCGAGGCAAGUGGGCUCCUAAUUAUGAAGGUCCGUAUGUUGUUAAAAAGGCCUUUUCAGGUGGUGCCAUGACUCUACAAACCAUGGACGGUGAAGAACUUCCACGACCUGUGAACACGGAUGCAGUCAAGAAAUAC